CUAUGUAUGAUACUAACAACAAAAGUUCAGCCUGUCCCGAAUCUUGAUUCUUCUUCAUCUUUACUUAUUCGAGACCAAUCACUAUUUAAAAAUAAAUAACAAGGAUCAGCCACUCUCAUGGUCAUAGCUAACUGUAUGAUUUUGGCCUCUCUCAAUUCUCAAAAGCAAAGAUUACAAAAGGUGUGGUAGAAUAGAACCUUUAGACAGAGAACAUAUAUUCUUCCCGAUUAGCCACAUCUCAUUCCAUUGCACCCCAAUCAAGCCUGCAACACUGCGCCGACCACUCCGUCUUUACCCGCCGCAGUCAUCUAUAAAUAAGCACCGUUGGUUCAUCACUAUCAUCCAACUCCAAGAAACCACAGCCUACAGCAAGCUCAAGCGAAGUGAGUUGAGCAGAUAUAUCAAUCACAAAGCCCCAAGAACAACAGCAUACAGACUAGCCACCAAUUCGCUCGAUCUGCAAUGGCGGAAAGAGUGACGAAGCUGGCAUCGCAGCGGGCGGUGGUGAUCUUCGGGGUGAGCAACUGCUGCAUGUGCCACGCGGUGAAGACGCUCUUCACGGAGCUGGGCGUGAGCUGGGUGGUGCACGAGCUGGACAAGGACCCCCGUGGGAAGGACGUCGAGAGGGCGCUCGCCGGCAUGGUCGGACGGAGCCCGCCCGUGCCAGCGGUCUUCAUCGGCGGCAGGCUCGUCGGCCCCACAGACAAGGUCAUGACGCUGCACCUCAGUGGCCAGCUGGUGCCGCUCCUCCGCCAGGCCGGCGCCCUUUGGCUCUGAACUGAAGAGUCAGGGACAGCAGUGGCUGUGCGUGCGUGCAGUUAUGUGUGAUCC